AUGUCCGGUAACAAGUCCGGCGAUGCCCCAAAGAAUGUCCACGGUGGACGUAGCGCCAUGUGGACGCGCCACGCGCUCGGCUUCGGUCCAACGCUACGUCAUGACCCCCUACACAUUCAAAGACGGCCUGCGCGUCCCAGCUCGUACCGUGGUGUCAUUCCCCAACUUGAGAUACCCACAACACAGACCACUACACGUGGCUUCGCCCCCGAAGCCGGCACGUUCGACGGCAAGCGCUGGCUACGACGUCGCGCAGGGUUCGACACGAGCAAGUUCCAGUUCGCCUCCACGGCCGAGGAUGCGUUCGACUGGGGUGCUGGUCUGCACGCGUGCCCGCGACGUUUCAUGGCCGAGAUCACCAUCAAGCUCAUCCUCAUUUCCCUAGUCACAAGAUACGAUAUGAAGCUUAUCGAGGGGGGUCCGGAACGGCCUGCAGAGUUCAGGCGGUUUAUGGAUCUAGCGCCAGAUACGUCGACCCCUAUCACGAUCAGAGAUGAGCAGGCUUAG